AUAGGAACCGCUAUAGUGGGAAGGUAAACGGCAUUUCCAUGUGCUGCUCUGGUUUGCCAGAAGCGGCUUUGUCAUGCUGGCCACAUGACCUGGAAGCUGUACGCCGGCUCCCUCGGCCAAUAAUGCGAGAUGAGCGCGCAACCCCAGAGUCGGUCACGACUGGACCUAAUGGUCAGGGGUCCCUUUACCUUUAAAUCGCAUUUAUUGGUAAAGGGUCCGUUCCGGUUAGCUCAGUUCCGGGUUUUUACAACGUCCUGCAAAGCGGGCGGGGGCGGGGAGCAGCCUUUUUCCUGAUUUCUGUUCCAAAGUUUGCAAGAGCGAAGCUAACCCUUCGCGGAUUAAAAAACCAGAGAGCGGACGGGGAAAGCUGCUUCUCUCCGGGCGAGAUGGCCGCUCAUUUAUUUGCGGGCAAAGAUCAUGCUUCUGUCUACCAGAAAUACAGGUUCCCACCCCCGGAGAACCUCCAAGGUGUGAUCCUCUCCUACCUGGAGAAAAAGAAGGUGACCUCCCUUCAUAUGGCAGUGGACGUGGGAUGUGGCACAGGCCAGAGCAGUCACCUGCUGGCGAAGCGCUUUGAGAAGGUCGUCGGGACAGACGUAAGCGAAGCUCAGAUCGAGGAGGCCAAGCGAACUGCCCACCCUCCAAAUGUCUCCUACCUCGUGUGCCCUGCGGAAGAGCUCCCCUUUGAGGACUGCUCCGUGGACCUCCUCACGGCCUUCACUGCUGCCCACUGGUUUGACAUUCCCCGCUUCAUGAAGGAAGUGGACCGGCUUCUCAAGCCGUCCGGCUGUGUGGCCUUGAGUACCAACACCCUCGACAUGCGGUUGCACUACAAGGACUGUUCGGAAAAGCUCACAGAAAUCUUCCGGGAGGUUCUAGGCCAGAUUUCUCCAUAUUCAAACGAAAAGAUCAAAUUUGUUACGGACGACUACAAAGCAAUAUUUGAUUCCCUGCCGUUUCAGGACAAGGAGAGGAUCACGGAUAUUCUUGAUAAACUUCCAAUGAGUGUCGCUGACCUGAUGGGAUACAUCCAGUCAUUCUCUUCAUACCAGACUUUUCUAAAAGCCCAGCCUGAGGCAGCAAAAUCUCUCAUCCAAAACACUGAACAAAGGAUCCUGGAGACAAUGGGAGUUUCGUCUCGAGAGACCAAGCUGGAGCUCUGCACUCGGCACGUUUGUGUCCUGGGUUAUAAGUGACUUAGAUCUAGUUAACGAAUGACCCUCCUGAAUGCCAGGGCACUCUCGAAAAUUCUCCAAUAAAAACAAAUGUCUCAUUUAAUCGCAAGAGGAGUGGGGGAAAGGGUGUCAAAUGCACUCAGCAGCAGCAAUGUAAAUUUAUUACUUUUUAAUGGAAGAGAAAAUUUGGAUGUACAGUAUAGCAAUGGGAAGAGUAUUGGCCAAGUCACAGGUUUAAAUCUGUGGUGUUCACUGGGUGACCUUGAGCUAAGAAUUUGCUCUAGAUGUUUUUGGCCUCCAGCUCCCAUCAACCCUGCAGUGCUGGCUGGGGCUAAUGGGAGUGGGAGCCCAACAGCAGCUUGAGCAGAGGACUCACAAGCCCCUUACUAUGAGAACUCUUCUCUUCUCUCUUUGGCGAUCACUCGUAGCCGAGUAAGGUUGUCUUCCGUAAACAACAAUGGGUCCAUAAGUGACUGUGGAGGCCAAUUCUGGAUCCACAUGUCCUUCAACAGUGGGGACAUUGGGUUCCGGGCGGGAGUUGAUCAUGGUGUGUGUGGAUUUGCCAAGCGUGCCUUCCUCUUAGCACGUUUCUCCCUUGCGUCCUGAAAUCGAGUGUCUUCAAAGCCCAUGAGACCUUUGGUAAAGGCUGUUCUCUAGCUGGAGCGCUCGCAGGCCAGUGUUUACCAGUUGUCAGUGUUUAUACUACAUUCUUUUAGAUUUGCCUUGAGACAGUCUUUAAACCUCUUUUGUUGACCAUGAGCGUCAUGCUUUCCAUUUUAAUGUUCAGAAUAGAGUAGUUGCUUUGGAAGACGAUCAUCAGGCAUCCGCACAACAUGACCAGUCCAACGAAGUUGAUGUUGAAGAAUCAUUGCCUCAACACUGGUAAUCUUUGCUUCUUCCGGUACACUGAUAUUAGUUCGCCUGUCUUCCCAAGUGAUGUGUAAAAGUUUUCGGAGACACCGUUGAUGGACUCUUUCGAGGAGUUGGAGAUGGCGUUUAUAAGUGGUCCAUGUUUCAUAAGCAUUUAGUAAGGUUGGUAGUACAAUAGCUUUGUAAACACUAUGGGAACUAAUACCCCUUUAGCCCAGAAUCCUGUUUCCC